AUGCUCUCCAAAUUUGUCCUCAGCUCCGUCAUCGCUGCUCUCGCAGUCGCCUAUCCGGCCCAGGCAGCGCCCCAGCAGAUGCCCAAGCGGGAUACCAUCGAGCUCAGCAAGGUUGCUCAGCUGAGAAUUGCAGACACCGCCGUUGACCGAUUCAAGCUCCUCCCGAAAGAUGAAGACUUUAUGUUUGAUUUCAGCAAGUCCCAAAUCCCGGUGGCCACUGCCAGCAACUUUCCGGCCCUUGUGGGCUCGGGUGCCUCAUUCAGUCUGGCUUCCUUGCCUGGAUGCCACAUGGCCUUCCUCCACCUGCACCCUCGUGCUUCCGAGCUCUUCGCCGUCACCUCCGGCCGUGUCGUUACCGAGAUGGUUCCCGAGGCAGGCGUCGUCACAGCCGAUGGCAAACAGCGAGUCAUCCGUACUGAUCUGAGUGCCGGCAUGUUGACCAUCUUCCCUCAGGGAUCCUUUCACACUCAGGUGAACCCCAACUGUGAGACAGCAAACAUCUCCGCCUUCUUUACAGCGGAGGACUUUGGCGCGGGCCUGGUUGCAGACCAGACGUUUGCACUGAGCGAUGAUGUGAUUAUCCGCACGUUUGGAGAGAGUAUUCCCGGCGAGGACAUCGAGAAGAUCAGACAUGCCAUCCCCGGUACUAUGGCCAUUCUGGUUGACGAAUGCAUGGCGAAGUGCAACAAGACAAAGCGCCAUAUCUAA